GCCGUAUUGGCACUGAGCCCGCCAAUGGGGAGCGGUGCCGGGCACCGCCAGUUUGGUUGCGCCUCUGAACGGAUGGCAGACGGAGCCGAGUGGAUUCCUGAGGAACGUCGGCCAGCUAUUUGAGUGUCAUCUAUUGCCACCCACUGAUGUCAGGAUGACUAAGCUGGGAUUUUUGCGGCUGUCCUAUGAGAAGCAGGACACACUUCUGAAGCUUCUCAUUCUAUCAAUGGCUGCUGUGUUAUCUUUCUCCACUCGUCUCUUUGCUGUCCUGAGAUUUGAAAGUGUUAUCCAUGAGUUUGAUCCGUACUUUAAUUAUCGGACUACCCGGUUCCUGGCUGAGGAGGGGUUUUAUAAAUUCCAUAACUGGUUUGAUGACCGGGCCUGGUACCCUUUGGGACGAAUCAUUGGAGGAACAAUUUACCCAGGCUUGAUGCUCACCUCCGCUGCGAUCUACCACGUACUCCAUUUUUUGCACAUCACCAUUGACAUUCGGAACGUCUGUGUGUUCCUGGCUCCUCUCUUCUCCUCCUUCACUACCAUCGUCACCUACCACCUCACCAAAGAGCUCAAGGAUGCAGGAGCUGGGCUUCUUGCUGCCGCCAUGAUUGCUGUCGUUCCUGGAUACAUCUCCCGAUCUGUGGCUGGCUCCUAUGACAAUGAAGGGAUUGCUAUCUUCUGCAUGCUGCUCACCUACUACAUGUGGAUCAAGGCAGUAAAGACUGGUUCAAUCUAUUGGGCGGCCAAGUGUGCCCUUGCUUAUUUCUACAUGGUCUCCUCGUGGGGAGGCUAUGUGUUCCUGAUCAACUUGAUCCCCCUCCACGUGCUGGUGCUGAUGCUCACAGGGCGCUUCUCCCACCGCAUCUAUGUGGCCUACUGCACUGUGUACUGCCUGGGCACCAUCCUCUCGAUGCAGAUCUCCUUUGUGGGUUUUCAGCCUGUUCUUUCGUCAGAGCACAUGGCAGCCUUUGGAGUCUUCGGUCUCUGCCAGAUCCAUGCCUUUGUGGAUUACCUACGCAGCAAGCUGAAUCCACAGCAGUUUGAAGUCCUGUUCCGGAGCGUCAUCUCCCUGGUGGGCUUUGUCCUUCUCACCGUGGGGGCUCUUCUCAUGCUGACAGGAAAAAUAUCUCCCUGGACGGGGCGUUUCUACUCACUGCUGGAUCCUUCAUAUGCUAAGAACAACAUCCCCAUCAUUGCUUCUGUGUCCGAGCAUCAGCCCACGACCUGGUCCUCGUACUAUUUUGACCUGCAGCUCCUUGUCUUCAUGUUUCCAGUUGGCCUCUAUUACUGCUUUAGCAACCUAUCGGAUGCCCGGAUUUUUAUCAUCAUGUACGGUGUGACCAGCAUGUACUUUUCAGCUGUAAUGGUUCGUCUGAUGCUCGUGCUGGCGCCUGUUAUGUGCAUACUUUCUGGCAUUGGAGUCUCCCAGGUGCUGUCCACAUACAUGAAGAAUCUGGAUAUCAGUCGUCCAGAUAAGAAGAGCAAGAAGCAACAGGAUUCUACCUACCCUAUUAAGAAUGAAGUGGCAAGUGGGAUGAUCCUGGUCAUGGCCUUCUUUCUUAUCACCUACACCUUUCAUUCAACCUGGGUGACCAGCGAGGCCUACUCUUCGCCCUCUAUCGUGCUGUCUGCCCGCGGUGGGGAUGGCAGUAGGAUCAUUUUUGAUGACUUCCGAGAAGCAUAUUAUUGGCUUCGUCACAAUACUCCAGAGGAUGCAAAGGUCAUGUCAUGGUGGGAUUAUGGCUACCAGAUUACAGCUAUGGCAAAUCGGACAAUUCUAGUGGACAAUAACACAUGGAAUAAUACCCAUAUUUCUCGAGUAGGGCAGGCAAUGGCAUCCACAGAAGAAAAAGCCUAUGAGAUCAUGAGGGAGCUUGAUGUCAGCUACGUUCUGGUCAUUUUCGGAGGCCUCACUGGGUAUUCUUCUGACGAUAUCAACAAGUUUCUGUGGAUGGUCCGAAUUGGAGGCAGCACAGACACGGGCAAACACAUCAAGGAGCACGACUACUACACGCCGACUGGGGAGUUCCGUGUGGACCGCGAGGGCUCUCCAGUGCUGCUCAACUGCCUCAUGUACAAGAUGUGCUACUACCGCUUUGGACAGGUCUACACAGAAGCCAAGCGUCCACCAGGCUUUGACCGUGUCCGAAAUGCUGAGAUUGGGAAUAAAGACUUUGAGCUUGACGUCCUGGAAGAAGCAUACACCACAGAACAUUGGCUGGUCAGAAUAUACAAGGUAAAGGACCUGGAUAAUCGAGGCUUGUCAAGGACAUAAAUGUCUCGUCACGUCCAGCUGUGAUAUGCUUCGCAUUGAGUGCGUCGUGUUUAGGACGCUGAAGAUGUUUUUUCAUAUGCAGUUUAUAAGAACAGAGCGCAAUGUGAUUAAAGUUGUCUGGAAGUUUUGCCCUGGGCAGUAAGGGCUGGGCCACAUGAAAUGAUUUUUAUAAUUCUGAGCAGGUUACCAAAUGAGAUGCCAUGGCUUUACUUUGGUCAAUUAAAGGGGGGAUUUU